CAGAGUCAACUAACUCCUGAACGAGUUUCAACACAGAUGCAAACCUACUUCUCUUCGACUAAAGCAUCUCUUUAAAAGAAAACAUGGGAGGCUUCAAUUGACAUUGAGGAAUUAAAACUUCACUUCUGCAAAGUAAGGAUGCUGGGGUAUCCUAGAUAAACCGUAUGAUAGGAAUAUUCUGAGCUCUAAACACACCAAGAUGCCACGUGUCUCUUUUGGGCUCCCAGAGUUUUCCUCCAAGUGACUCUGAAGGCGACAACAUGACUCUAGCCAAACGGAGAAAAUUCAAGACUUUUGCUCUCCUCCUUUGCGUCAUCACCUUCACAACGCUCCUGUUCAGCUACACCUUAAGGGACCCCUCACUCUACUUUUUCCGGUACGCGUUCCGGCUUUCGGAUGGCUUCUUCUCCAAAGGGCCCUGCUCCUGUCAACGGUGCAUCGCAGCUUUGGAAGGAGACCCGUGGUUUGCAGAGCGAUUCAACCUGUCUAUUCACCCUCUGAUGACCAGAGAGAACAGCGUCCUCUCCGAGGAGACCUUUAAGUGGUGGCAGUGGUUGCAGUCAGAGAGGCAGCCGGCUAACCUCACAGAGGUGGUGGACGAGCUGUUCCAAGUCAUCCCAGAUGAGGUCCUUUACACGGGCCCCGGUCCCGAGCGCUGCAGGACCUGUGCAGUGGUGGGGAACUCUGGGAACCUGAAGGGGUCUCAUUAUGGGGGCCUGAUCGACUCCAGUGAUUUCAUCAUAAGGAUGAACCAGGCCCCUACUGAUGGGUUUGAGGAAGAUGUAGGAACACGAACAACUCAUCACGUCAUGUACCCAGAGAGUGCCAUAGACUUGGACAACACCACCAGUCUGGUGCUGAUCCCUUUCAAAGUUCUGGACCUGCAGUGGAUUAUCAGUGCUCUGACAACUGGCACAAUAAAACACACAUAUUUACCUGUUAUGCCCAGAAUAAAGGCAAACAAAGAUAAGGUUUUGAUUUACAGUCCAACAUUUUUCAAAUACGUCCACGAGUCCUGGCUGGAAGGUCAUGGACGAUAUCCCUCAACUGGCUUCCUUAGUUUGCUGCUCGCUCUCCACAUAUGUGACCAGGUCAGUGUGUUUGGAUUCGGUGCCGACCAGUACGGAAACUGGCACCACUACUGGGAGGAGAACCAUUUGGCCGGCGCUUUCAGACACACGGGAGUCCAUGAUGGAGAUUAUGAGUAUAAUGUCACCUUGCUGCUGGCGGACAAGCACAAAAUCCGGAUGUUCUCUGGCAGAUGAUGCCAAGCGUGGGAAGGAACGUCAUCAACCUUCAAAUAAAAACAAACAUCAUUUCAUGGUGUCUUCAAACAUCUGUGCUUUAUGUAUUUUACACAGCCGUGUUGUUUUGUAUUAGCUGAAGCUGCUGCCGUGGUAAUUGGAAAACCAAUAAAGAUUUUUUUUUUUUUUCACUGCCGCUUUCCAGAAGCUGUUCCUCCCUAGACUGAGCAGGCAGGAAGGAAAUAAAGAUGCCAAAAUCAUGAUUAUCUCUUUCCCUCUAUUUUCUUUUUUUCACCUCACCCUCUUUUUUGCAGUGAAACACUGUCGACUUCUUAAGCUCGUGUACCAAAGGUUAAUGAAAAAGAAAAGGAACAAAGCUGUUCUAUCAGCAGCAUAAAAGACGAUGCGCUGCAUUUUACUGCGUAUCUAUGCGAACAGAGAGCAGGAUUUAAGGCCGGAUUGCUUAAAAAAGGCCUACAUUUAAAGCUUUAAAACGCCCACAUUUAUGACCAAAAAAAACAGCUUCUAAACCCCAUUGACUAAAGUGUAAACGUUAUUUUGAAAUAAUCAAAAAGGGGGAGUUCAGGUAUCUUGGUUUAAUGGCCCCAGUUUUUAUGGCCUUGAUCAGUUUGCACAUUACUCAUUUUUAUCACGUUACUCUUUGCUUGCAUCUUUGUAGACGUUUGACGAUCGAAGAUCAUUUUAAAACUCAUUCCCUUAUUAAAAAAAAAAAGCUAAUCACAAUGUGGCAUUUGUAAAAAAAUAUAUUGAUAAAUAAAGCUACUGUGCAGCAAAUACUUUUUUUCAUACUGCAAGCAUUUCUAGCAAACAAUAAAGUUUAAUUAUGAAUUUACUUAAUUACUCUAUUGGCAGUUGACUCAAAUUUUGCAUUAAAAAAAUGAACCUACCUUAUUUUUCUCACAUGUCGUCAUAGAUUCGAAUAAAUAUGUUUUUUUCCAUGUAGGAGCGAUUUUAGUCGAUCCUUUUAUUUAUCUUUUGUAAGCUUGAUGCUGCCGUUCUCCUGUAUCUGUGUCUUUAAAUUUGGUUAAAAUAAAAAAAUGCAUUGAGUAUAAUGAAUCUUGAUCAGUUUAUUUCACUUGAAUUGACCCACCAUUGAUCUUUCAAGCAAUUGUUAGCCCGCUAUCAUGCUAAUACCAGCUGCAGAACUUAUUAAAUGUGUUUAAACAAGUGAGAAUUAGUCCUUUUUUUGCGUUUCAGUGCAUCCAGUGCAAAAGUUAUAUUGAAAUAAUCAAAAUGGGAGAGUUAAGAUAUCUUGGUUUAAUGGCUCCCGUUUUUAUGGCCUUGAUCAGUUUUCACAUUACUCAUUUCCAUCACGUUGCUCUUUGCUUGAGUCCUUGUAGACGUUUGCAAUCGAAGAUCAUUUUAAAACUCAUUCCCUUAUUUAAAAAAAAAAAAACCUAAUCACAAUGUGGCUACUUUGCAGUAAAUAUUUUUUUCAUACGAGUAUUUCUAUCAAACAAUGAAAU